AUGCAAGAAAAAUCACCCGCUGUGGGAGCAGCAACCGCCAAGAUCUUCCACCUUCACGUCAUCCUCUUCUCCGUGUUCCUCCUUCCUCUCGAAACCUCAGCUGCCGGCGUUGCAUCCGACACGCUGAACAAUGGCGGCAACCUCACUGACGGCAGUACGCUCGUCUCCGCCGGUGGCUCCUUCACCCUGGGGUUCUUCUCACCGGGCUCACCAAGCAAGAGGUACCUCGGGAUAUGGUUCUCCAACUCCACGAGCGCCGUCGUCUGGGUGGCCAACCGUGACAGCCCGCUGAACGACACCGCCGGCGUGCUGGUCAUCAGCGGCGCCACGGGCGAGCUGCUCCUGCUCGACGGCUUCGGGCAGGCUGCCUGGUCGUCGAACACGACGACUGGGGCUGGCCCGCCGCCAUCGGAGGCGCAGCUGCUCGAGUCCGGGAACCUCGUCGUGCGCGGCCGGAGCAGCGGCGACGUGCUGUGGCAGUCGUUCGAUCACCCGUCGAACACCCUGAUCGCCGGCAUGAGGCUCGGCAGGAACCCGCGGACCGGCGACGAGUGGUCGCUCACGUCCUGGCGCUCGCGGAGCGACCCGACGACGGGAGACUACCGCAACGGGAUGGGCCCCGGGGGGCUACCGGCCAUCGUCACUUGGCGUGGCGCCGCCAAGAAGUACCGCUCGGGCCCGUGGAACGGGGCGUGGUUCAACGGCGUCCCGGAGAUGACGUCGUACUCGUCCAUGUACACGAACCGGCUGGUGGACAAGCCCGACGAGGUCGCCUUCGUCUUCGACGACGCCGCCGCCGGCGUCCCCUUCUGCCGCCUCGUGCUGAACGAGGCCGGGGUGGUCCAGUCCCUCGUGUGGGAUCAGGCCACCCAGGCGUGGAACGCCUUGGCGCAGUCGCCGCGCGACGUCUGCGACGACUACGCCAAGUGCGGCGCGUUCGGCCUGUGCAACGUCAACACCGCGACGACGCUCUUCUGCAGCUGCAUGGCGGGCUUCACCCCCGCGUCCCCCUCCCGGUGGUCCAUGAGGGAGACCUCGGGCGGUUGCCGGAGGAGCACGCCGCUGGAGUGCGGCGGCGGCGACGGGGGCGCGGGCACCACCACGGACGGGUUCGUGGCGGUGCGCGGCGUGAAGCUCCCUGACACGGACAACGCCACGGUGGAGAUGGGCGCCACGCUCGAGGGGUGCAGGGCGAGGUGCCUCGCCAACUGUUCCUGCGUCGCCUACGCCGCUGCGGAUAUCCGGGGCGGCGGCGCCGGCAGCGGCUGCCUGAUGUGGACCGGUGGUAUUAUUGAUGCUCGGAAUGUCGACAAAGGGCAGGACCUGUAUCUGAGGCUGGCAAAGUCUGAACUAGGCAAACAGAAAAGCAAUGAAUAUCAAAAGAAAGCAGUGCUACGAAGCUUUAGAAAUUCUCAUGAACUAUUUGAGCGAAAUAUAGAAUUUCCAUUUCUUAAUUUUGAAGACGUUGUUGCAUCAACAAACAAUUUCAGUGAUUCCAACAUGCUCGGAAAAGGAGGUUUUGGCAAGGUUUAUAAGGGAAUGUUGGGAGGCGGCAAAGAAGUUGCUGUUAAAAGGCUCAGUACAGGUUCUACACAGGGGGUAGAGCAUUUUACAAAUGAAGUGGUUCUUAUUGCCAAAUUGCAACACAAAAAUCUAGUCAGGCUACUUGGUUGCUGCAUUCAUGGAGAUGAAAAACUUCUUGUUUAUGAAUACUUACCCAACAAAAGCUUGGAUUACUUCCUUUUCGAUGAUUCAAAAAAGUCUAUGCUUGAUUGGCAAACACGGUUCAACAUAAUCAAAGGAGUAGCAAGAGGACUUGUCUAUCUUCACCAAGACUCAAGGAUGACGAUAAUUCACAGAGAUCUCAAAGCCAGCAACAUUUUAUUGGAUGAGAAGAUGAGACCCAAAAUAUCAGAUUUUGGUAUGGCAAGGAUCUUUGGAGGCAGCGAGCAGCAAGAAAGUACUAAACGAGUUGUUGGGACAUAUGGUUACAUGUCACCCGAAUAUGCAAUGGAAGGCAUUUUUUCAGUCAAGUCCGACACAUAUAGCUUUGGUAUUUUGCUACUAGAGAUUGUAAGUGGAUUAAAGAUCAGCUCCCCUCAUCAUCUUGUGAUGGACUUUCCGAACCUUAUAGCUUAUGCAUGGAACUUAUGGAAGGAUGAAAAACAAAGGGAUUUCGUGGAUACAUUGGUUAUAGACAACUGUUCCCUCAGUGAAGUAUUUAGAUGCAUCCACAUUGGACUCCUGUGCGUUCAGGACAGCCCUAAUGCCAGGCCACUGAUGUCAUCGGUUGCGUCCAUGCUGGACAACGAGGGCGUUCCAUGCCCAGUACCGAAUCAGCCUAUAUAUUUUGUUCAGAGGCAUCACGAAGCUGAAGAACAGGGAAAAUACUUGGAGAAAUCAGUUAAUAACGUGACUCUGACGAUGCUGGAAGGCCGCUGAUCGCUAAAUAUUUAACAUAAGGUUUGAAUUCCGUGAUCAAUACAUUAGGCAGAGCAACUGCAUUAUUUAAGAAGAAAAAGGAGGUGUUCAAAAAUUGGUUAGAUACGACCAAAAAGAAUAUGUUACACCCCCGGGCUCGAUCAUUUGUUAUGCAUUUUCAUUUGAAAAUAGCAGGUUUCAAAAGUCUAAGGUUGGGAGAAGCUCUCGGAGCUUAAGUUCUCCGGCAGCAUUUGGACCUGUGACCCUUUGUUUGUGUUCAUCUUUUUUGUGGCUGAUACUGUCUGCACCCUGGAC